AUUCGGAGCACACGUUGUCUCACCCACCACCAACCUCCAUGUAAUUAAAACAAUUGAUGGACGAUAGCCCACAGCCGGGAGUAUAGUGUUCUAUAAGAACACCUUAUCAGAUCCUCGCUAGGAGUAACCCAAGGGAGGAGUAUAGUGUUACUUUCUUUAAUUCCCUCAUGGCCAUGCUUCCCUCUCUCCCCAGCAGCCCCCUUCCACACAAGGCACAAGAAGACGAGGAGGAGGAGGAUCAAACCCCCAGACCUCCUCAAGACUGCAGCGACUUCAUCUCUACCCUGCCGAAGGGGGGUUGGGGACCGAUCCGCACCCGAAAAUACCAAGGGUUUUGGGUCCGUGAGGACGUUCUCCCUAGCAUAAUGGCCAUCCAGAAAAACUUCAAGGCUCGCCCCGACGACCUCUUCGUCAUGAGUUACCCAAAGUCCGGAAUAAUCUGGCUUAAAGCUCUCACCUUUGCCAUCAUGACCAGAACCCAGUACCCUCUAGCUCGCCACCCUCUUCUUAGCUUCAACCCUCACGACUGUGUUUUGUACGUGGAGGAAUGCUUCCACAGAAGCCUGAUUUCCAAGAUGGAAGCCUUGCCCUCCCCGAGAAUCCUCGCCAUCCACAUGCCUUACUCACUGUUGCCGGACUCGAUGACGAGCUCCAGCUGCCGGUUCGUAUACAUCUGCCGUGACCCGAAGGACACACUGGUCUCCAUGUGGCACUUCAGAGAGAAGACGAGGCCGAAGACCAUGGAGCCUACUCCGUUCGCCGAAGCCUUUGAGGCGUUCUGUGAGGGGACCAGCCCCGUUGGGCCGAUGUGGGACCAUGCUUUGGAGUACUGGAGGGCGAGCUUGAGGAGCCCUGAGAAGGUCUUGUUCUUGAAGUAUGAGGAGAUGAUGGAUGAGCCGGUCGGGAACGUGAGGAGGUUGGCGGAGUUCAUGGGCUGCCCCUUCACCGAAGAGGAGGAGAAGGGAGGGGUGGUGGAGGAGAUUGUAAAGCUUUGUAGCUUUGAGAACCUGAAAAACUUGGAAGUAAACAAGGUGGGAACCCAAGGAGGUCCUGGCUUCGUUAUAACGAAUGAUUCUUGUUGGGGGGAAAAAUGGACCACCCCACAAAUACAAUUAAAGACCAAAAGGGUGUUGAGCCCUCUUUAUGACGACGCUGUAGCUAUUUCCCUCAUCAUUGCAAGGAAAGGAGGUGCGGGAGAUUGGAAGAAUCAUAUGAGUCCGGAGAUGGCUCGAAGGCUGGACGCCAUCACGCAGCAGAAGCUGUUCGAGUCCGGUCUGACUCUCGGGAGUGUGGGCGUAGAAGCAUCCUCCGGCGACGAUGCCUCAGCUCAUGGCCAGUAAUUUGUACUGCUUUUCGCUGUUCUCUUCCGCUUUUAGAUGUUCAAAUGGUGGUUGCAACCAUCUUCGCAGCUGCAGUGAAACUUUGUCUGGAUUGAAAUAAGAUCUAAAGAUGAGAGUUUAGAUCCCGAUGUAAAU